CCGGCGUGACCCAGCGUGGCCGCACGGGCAGCGGGCUCCAGGGAGCCCUGUGGGGCAGAGGCGCCUGGAAGGGGCAAAGCGCUUUCCCGGACCUGGCCCAGCUCGGGGUGUGCAGAGGUUCUCCGUGCCGUGGCUGAGUGGCUGUGGGCCGCUCGGGCCCUGCCUGAGCCGUAGGGCAGCGGGCCGGCCACGAUGGAGCCCUGGGCGGAGAAGGGGGACGAGGGCGAGAACGUCAGGAUCACCGCCCAGCUGCUGAAGGCCAAGACGGGCGAGUUCGCCCUGGAGUCCAUCCUGCUGCUCAAGCUGCGGGGCCUGGGCAUCUCGGAGCUGGGCUGCCUGGGCGAGUGCGCCAGCCUGGAGUGGCUGGACCUCUCCGGCAACGCCAUCUCCCACCUGGGCCCCCUGGCUGCCCUCAAGUCCCUGGCUGUCCUCAACCUCUCGGCCAACCGCGUCUGCAGCCUGGAGCCGCUCGGCGCCUGCGAGAGCCUGCAGAGCCUCAACGUGGCCGGCAACCUGCUGGGCAGCCUGCAGCAGCUGCAGUGCCUGGCGGGGCUGCGCCGGCUGGAGAGCCUGCGUCUGCACGACGCCCGGGCCCGCCUCAGCAACCCCGUCUGCUCCUCCGGCGCCUACCGCAGCGCCCUGCGGGACCUGCUCCCCGGCCUCAAGGCCAUCGACGGCGAGAGGGUCUCCGGGCGCGGCAGCGAGCUCUACCAGCUCUGCAGGGACCUGGACAGCUCCCUGGAGCGGGGCGGCAGCGGCGGGGCGGGCAGCCCGGAGCCGCCGGGCGCGGCCCUGCCCUGGGUGGAGGAGGGCUACUGGGAGCGGAGGCCGGCUCGGCGCAGCUCCAUCAUGGAGGAGGCCUACAAGCAGUUCAACGACGUGCUGCGGGAGUGCCGGGAGCUGAGCGAGAGGGCGGACGACACCAUCUCGCAGGCGGAGCGGGCCCUGAGCGUCCGCAGCGACCCCAGCUCCUAUGUGUUCUGAGCCGCCCACCGGGCACCGCCUGCAGGGGCGAAGCUGGCCCCGGCCCCUCAUCCCAAGCUGAUCUGACUCUGCCCCGAAGCCAGAGAGGAGUUUGGGGCCCAAGCAAGAGGGGCUCCAGGAGCCGACUGGAUGGAGGGGCCCAGCCACAGAGCCCCAGCACCGGUGUGCGCGGGAGCCCCUGGAGCUGGGCCUGUGGAGUGCUGGGCGCCGGCAAACCUGGGGGCUUUUCCAGCUCUCCCCAAAGCACCCCGCCAGUUCCCCUCGGGCCUCCGGUGAGUCCGCUCAGCCGUUGGCAUUGCCCUGGGGCUCAGGGCUGCCCCCAGCUCCCUCCGCCCUGGGCUUAAUUCUCAGAUUGCUCUGAGAGGAGCCGGGCUGGCGGCCCUGGAGACAAUUCCACCAGCAGGCACCGUGCGGGCAGCUCAGGGCUAGUGGCCCACCACCAACGGGCAACGGCCCCGCCUGCCACAUGGCUCGCUCCCUCGCUCCUUGGCCUCUCAUCUAACGGGGCCAGUGGGGGCCAGAGGCAGUGAUGGGUUUGGGGAGGGGACCCCCCCACGUCCUUCCCUUUGAGUCUCCUUCCCGCAGGCAGCCCGCCAGCUGCCAGCAGGGCCCAGCGUUCAGUCCCUACCGGCCAGGGUCCUGGGGGAACCAGUCCCUUUACCAGGGCAGCACCUUCCCUCUCCCCUGUUGUCCCUCCCAACCCAGUGCCUGUGCGAGAACCGGCCGGCUGCCCCCGGUGGCAGAGAGGAGGCGGGGGAUGGGGGGACCUGUAG